UCAUUUUCGACCUCCGAGCUGAGUUGAAAGCUAGCAGGCAUGCCCCUGGGGAGGGCAUCUCUCCCCCCUCCCCUAGGAUCCUGAGCUUCUCUAGUGGCACUAUGUCGGCCCUCGAAAUGCUCAUGUGGAUGCGCUCUGCAACACCGCCUCAGUCGUAUGCUAGACCUCAUGCUGUGCCAGCCCCACCCGCUCCACCCGCUCCACCUGCUCCGCCGGCUCCUCCUGCACCACCGGCACCUCCAGCCCCUCCCGCUCCGCCUGCUCCUCCUGUCGUUCUUCCCGGCUUCGACAACGUCUUCGACAACGCCUCCGAGCCUGGCCUAUCCCCGCCUAACCCCGAGCGCAACGACGACGCCGAACAUCCGCUGGGCUAUCCUCUCCCUUGAUUCCCCGCGGAUGUCGUGUACGACGAUGUCCAAGAGGAACAAACCCGCGACUCGCGCACGCCUGAUUCUCGGCACCGCGUCACGAAACAUAAACGCACCUCCCGCACGAUGGCGGAGAAGCUCGAGUGGCUCGUCAAGAUGCACGACGAGAACCUCUCCAUUCGCGCUACUGCCCGCAUGGCUGGUGUUGAACCUAUCAGCGUCCGCCGAUGGAAGAAAGCCGAGAAGCAGCGGCUGCUGGCUGCAGGCGUCGACUCGCUGGCGGUGGGCGGCUGGCGAAGUAUCCUGACAUGGAGUAUGUCGUCUACAAGCGCUUCCUGUCCUAUCGCAGUCGCGGUCUUGCUGUCCCCAUUUGUCUCCUGCAGGAAUGGAGCCGCACGUACAUGAAGAAUCACCAUCCGGGCGCCGACUGGCGGGAUUCCUCCCGCUGGACAUUCCGUUUCCGUGCACGUUGGGGCCUGACAAUUCGAGUGAAGACAAAGAUCGGCCAGCGAUUGACGAAAGAUUGCAAGCCGAGAAGCGAGAGCAUGUGGGCUUUCAUCCGCAAGCAUAUGGUCGAGGGUGGCAUCGACCCAUGGAACAUGGUGAAUGCGGAUCAGACGCCCGUGUUCCUAGAGAUGCUCUACGAGCGGACUCUUCACCACCGCGGCGAGCGCACCGUGCAGGUUAGGAGUGCGGGCUAUGAAAAGGAGCACCUCACUGUCAUGCUGGCAUAGACGGCCACUGGAUUGAAGCUCCUACCGAUGGUCAUUCUCAAGAGGAAGACUAUCCCGAACGUUCGCGCCCCCCCAGGUGAAGAGUCGAGCUACCAUUUCCCCUUCUGUCGUUUGGCCACUAACUAUCAAUCCCCCCCUCCCUGCAGGUAUCGUCAUCUGCACGCAGGAGAAAGGCUGGAUGGAUUCCAACCUCGUGGAGGACUGGGUGCAGCACGUCCUCCUCCCCUUCAUCCGCCCCCCUGCAGGUGUUGCGAGGUCCAAGACCUUGCUGGUCUUGGACUCAUACCGCGGGCACCUCACGGACACGGUGCGUGGGCUUCUCAGGUGGCACCGCAUCACGCCGGCCAUCAUCCCGGGCGGCUGCGCUCCCCUGCUGCAGCCGCUCGACGUCUGCGUCAACCGCUCGUUCAAGGCGGGCGUGAGGACGCAUUACAAUGGAUGGUUCGUAGAUGAGGGCAUCGAGUUCUUAACGACGGCGGGCAGCCUGAGGAAGCCCCCGCUCGAGCUUGUCCUCAGGUGGAUCGCAGCCGCCUGGGAGGCGGUCCCCGAAGACAUCAUCAUCAAGAGCUUCAAGACGUGUGGCAUCAGCAAUGCCACGGACGGCACAGAAGACCACCUCAUCCUAGCUCAUAUGCAAGAUGGGGCACAGGUGGAGGUCCAUGAUGACGUGCACGCCGCCGGCGACGUGGAGGAGUGGAUCAACCCCCUCUACGUGACCGGCGACUAGGAGGACGAGGAGGCAACUGCUGCAAUGGCUGACUCGGAUGACGAGGGCGAGGAGUUCAGCGCCCCUGCAGAGACUGCCUCCACGGAGGAGGCGACGGCCGUGGAGAGCUCUGGGUAAAUGGGCCCCGCAAGGCACCUGCAGCUGGCGCAACACUAAUGUCGCUAGCACAAGCACCAGUGGCAGUGGUAAACUUUGGACGCAGCAGCAGUAGCGGUUGUGGUACCAGCAGUAACGAAAGUGGCAUCGGCAGCAUCAGCCUUGGCAGCAGCAGCAGUGGCAGCACCAGCCUUGGCAGAAUCAACAGUGGCAGCACCAGCCUUGGUAGCAUCAGCAAUGGCAGCUCCAACAUCAACAUCGGCAGCGACAGCGAUGGCAGCACCAGCAUCAGCAUGGGCAGCAACAGCGGUGGCAGCACUUCGGCAGCAGAAGCUGCAAAAGCAGCAACAGGAGCAUCACUAGCAUGAGCAAUAUUAGCACCUCCAUAUCAACUGCAGCAAUACAGUAGGUAGCAGCAGCAGCAGUACGGUAGUAGUUGAGCUUGGAAGUGCAGUAUGUAGGCUAGAGUUCUGUACAUCACAGUAGAGAUGCGUUCUCUUACUAAGUGCUUAGUCUUUUGACUUCUGAUCCCUGAUUUCAUGUGCCGUUUCAUUUCAAUAAAGACUUAGGCAGUAG